AUGACAUCGCGUCUGGCUGGCAAGCAUGCAGCCAUCAUCGGCGCGACGGGUUCCAUCGGCUCCAGCAUUGCCAAAGCAUUUGCGCAACAAGGCGCCGUGCUGUCUCUACUCGGGAGGACAGCCCUUGACGCACAGCGGACAUUAGGCCCUCAGCUCACGCCCUAUCAGCCAUUGGCUGGCGACUCAUCUAAGGCACCUACCGAGCACCGAUUUAUCAAGCUCGACGUCACAUCGUCAGCCGAACUCAAGAGACUCUUCUCGUCCCGAAAGGCAACUGACGAUGCCGUUGGCGCGGUGGACAUCCUGGUCAACUGCGCAGGCAUCACGCAGACGACCAUCUUGAAGCGCACCCACGAUGAAGACAUUGAGAAGGUCAUGGAUACGAAUCUGACCUCGGCUAUACUUGCGUGCAAACACGCCCAGAUAAAUGACAAUGGCUGUAUCCUCAACGUUUCCAGCCUGAUGGCGACGCGUCCCGCCAUCGGAGCUGCCGUCUACACUGCCGCCAAGGCGGGCAUGAUUGGGCUCACGAGCGCCCUGUCUCUAGAACUCGCCCCGCGAUCAGUUCGCGCAAACGCCCUCUUGCCAGGCUGGGUAGAAAGUCCAAUGUGGAAUAAUCUGAAGCCCGACCUCAAGGAACAGUAUCUCAAGAGGAUACCGGCCCGGCGCGUGGCGGCUCCGGAGGAGGUGGCUGAUGCUGCUGUUUUCUUGGCGGCAAACUCCUACGCAAACAACUGCAUCCUAAAUUUGGAUGGUGGGCUGAGUGCGGCAUGA